UGAGAGGUGUAAGUAAAGGAAGGGUUUGAGAGGUGUAAUGGAGGCUGGCUUAGGGGAAAUCCCAUUUGGCAUCGAUUUUCAUCCUUCAAAAGAACUCGUCGCCGUUUCUCUCAUCACCGGCGUCCUUCAUCUAUUCAAAUAUAACGCAGAUAAUUCAUCGCUACAAAGAUGCUUGGAUAUUCGAGCUCAUGCUGAGUCCUGUAGAACGGUUCGGUUUAUCAAUGGCGGACAAGCUGUGGCGACUGGUUCUAAAGAUUGCUCUAUUCUAGCCACGGAUGUUGAAACCGGAUCAAUAAUUGCUCGUCUCAUGAGUGUGUUCUCACUUUCUUUUGGUGUACAUUGUCGUUUGAUUUUUUAUUUAAAUUGGUUAUUGAAAUACAAUUUUAUUUGGAUGUGCAUGAAUGCUAUCAAUAGUUUGAUUAAUCUCACAGAGUCAACUGUUGCCUCUGGAGAUGAUGAAGGCUGUAUUAAGAUAUGGGAUACCCGACAACGGUCAUGCUCUGGCUCCUUUAAUGCUCAUGAAGACUACAUUUCAGAUAUGAAUUUUGUACCUGAUUCCAUGAAAUUGCUAACAAGUGGAGAUGGGACUCUAUCUGUUUGCAAUCUUCGAACGUAUAAAGUUCAAACACGCUCUGAAUUUUCUGAAGAUGAGCUUACUUCUGUCGUCGUUAUGAAGAAUGGUCGGAAAGUUAUUUGUGGAUCACAAAGUGGAACUAUGCUGUUAUAUUCAUGGGGAUUUUUUAAGGACUGCAGUGAUCGAUUCAUUGAUCUUUCUCCAAAUUCUGUUGAGGCCUUGUUGAAGCUUGAUGAAGAUAGACUCAUUGCAGGCACUGAGAGUGGACUCAUCAGCCUAGUAGGCAUAUUACCUAACAGAAUCAUACAACCAAUUGCAGAGCAUUCAGAAUAUCCAGUUGAGGGACUUGCUUUUUAUCAUGAUAGAAGAUUUCUUGGUAGUAUAUCACAUGAUCAGAUGUUGAAGUUGUGGGAUCUAAAUGAUAUAUUGCAAAGUUCUGAAAGCACUGUAAAAGGUCAAGAUGCCAGCUCAGACACUGAUAGUGAUGAGGUGGAAGUGGAUGAUAAUCCUCCUCGUUCUAAGAAAGGGACAAAGACUAAAAAUGCAAAUAAAGGAGCUGGUUUUAGCGGUUCAAAUACCUUUUUGGCAGAUCUUUAGAAAUUUUGGAGGGUUGGUUGGUGGUUUUACCCAUGAUGGGUGCAUCCCCGUUGCCAUCAAAGAGUUUAUAUAAAACAUGAUUUUGUUAUU